UCACUACCCAAAACCCUAAUUCCACCAUUUCAUUUUCUCUCUGAGGACAAACACACACACACACACACACACCAAUGGCCGCCGCAGCUCGUCCUCUCGUCACUGUCCACACCGUCGAAGGUGACAUGGCCACUGACACUCCCACCUCCCUCCCAGUCCCUGAUGUCAUGCGUGCCGCCAUCCGUCCCGAUAUCGUCAACUUCGUCCACUCCAACAUCUCCAAAAACGCCCGUCAACCAUACGCCGUCAGCCGCAAAGCUGGCCAUCAAACCUCAGCCGAGUCCUGGGGUACCGGACGUGCUGUAUCCCGUAUUCCUCGUGUUGCCGGAGGUGGUACCCACCGUGCCGGACAAGCUGCUUUCGGUAACAUGUGUCGUGGUGGACGCAUGUUCGCUCCUACCCGGAUCUGGCGCAAAUGGCACCGUAAAAUCAAUGUGAAUCAGAAACGUUAUGCUGUUGUUUCAGCUAUAGCUGCUUCUGCUAUUCCUUCACUUGUUCUCGCUCGUGGUCACCGGAUCGAAACGGUUCCAGAGCUUCCACUUGUUGUUGGUGAUUCCGCUGAAGGUGUUGAGAAGACUAAGGAAGCGAUCAAGCUUUUGAAAUCAAUUGGAGCUUACCCUGAUGCUGAGAAGGCGAAGGAUAGCCUUGGGAUCCGUCCUGGAAAAGGUAAAAUGCGUAACCGUAGGUAUAUCUCUCGUAAGGGACCUUUGAUUGUUUAUGGAACCGAAGGAGCAAAGGCGGUUAAGGCUUUUCGUAACAUUCCUGGUGUUGAGAUCACCAAUGUGGAAAGGUUGAAUCUUUUGAAGCUUGCACCUGGUGGGCAUUUGGGGAGAUUUGUGAUUUGGACUAAAACUGCUUUUGAGAAGUUGGAUUCCAUUUAUGGUUCUUUUGACAAGCCUUCGGAGAAGAAGAAGGGCUAUGUGCUUCCUAGGGCUAAGAUGGUGAAUUCUGAUUUGACUAGGAUUAUUAACUCUGAUGAGGUUCAGAGUGUUGUUAGGCCUGUGAAGAAGGAUGUCAAGAGGGCUACUUUGAAGAAGAAUCCUUUGAAGAAUCUCAAUGUUAUGUUGAGGCUUAAUCCUUAUGCUAAGACUGCUAAGAGGAUGGCUUUGCUUGCUGAGGCUGAGAGGGUUAAGUCUAAGAAGGAGAAGCUCGAUAAGAAGAGGAAGACCGUCUCUAAGGAAGAAGCUACUGCUAUCAAGGCUGCAGGAAAAGCAUGGUACAAUACUAUGGUGUCAGAUUCUGAUUACACAGAAUUCGAUAACUUCUCCAAAUGGUUGGGUGUCUCACAAUGAAGUGUCUCAUGGUGAGAUGAAGUUAUAUUUUCUUAUUGAAUGUUGUUCUCUAGGUUUUACUUUAUUGUCUUUGGUUUUUGAGAUUAUGAUAUUGUAAGGAAUAGCAACUUUUAUGUUGUGAUUUUGUUUCCUGAUAUGAAAGAUUUUUUUUCCUCUCGUUGUAAUCCAAUAUUUAGACUUCUAAUGGAUCUUGUCAAUUACUCUACUGCUUUUGCCA